AUGUUCCAGAGAACUCUCCUAAGACAGGCUCAGGCCUCCCGGUCUCUGCUCUCCGUCCGAUCCGUAUCCACAGCGCCCUUCGCCGUUCCUCGCACAUCACAACUCCAAACACAGCUCCUCCGUCCUUUUGCCCGGCUUCCUACCGCUCGGUGCUACUCGACAGAGAACAAGGCCGAAAACGGGAAUGCCGCUGAAUCACCCGAAGCUGCCGAAGAUCCCAUCGCGAAGGAGCUAGAGGAGAAGAAGCAAGAGGUGGUUGAGCUUAAGGACAAAUAUGUUCGUUCGGUUGCGGACUUCCUCAACCUCCAGGAGCGCACCAAGCGCGAGAUGGACAAUGCCCGCAAUUUCGCCAUUCAGCGAUUUGCCGUCGACCUUCUUGAAAGUAUCGACAACUUCGACCGUGCCCUUCUCGCGGUUCCUGCCGAGAAGCUCUCCGCUGCUAAGACCGAGGACAACAAGGACCUUCUCGAUCUCGUCGACGGUCUGAAGAUGACCCAGAACAUCUUGAUGAACACCCUGCAGAAGCAUGGCUUGCAACGAUUUGACCCCGAUGAGCCUACUGAGGAUGGAAAGCCCCAGAAGUUCGACCCUAACCGCCAUGAGGCCACUUUCAUGACCAAGGCCGAGGGAAGGGAAGACGGCGAGAUCAUGUACACCCAGAGCAAGGGUUUCACGCUCAAUGGCCGUGUUCUCCGGGCUGCCAAGGUCGGUGUUGUGAAGAACAACUAA